ACUUUGCAGAUAUUGGGACAGCCUCUCUCUUUAUGGUCAUUAAUUGACCACCUAUCUUUCUUUUCAUUUCCUGUCUCUCUUAGCUUGCUAGCUCCCCUGUUAUCCUUCAAAGGCACAGUUUCUAGCUUCCAAUACAAAAAAGGAAGAAAUGGCUAACCUUAGACUAUGUAACUUAAUGUUCUUCAUCCUUUUCGCUUCAAUUCUUGCAGUAUAUGCUGUACAAGGAGCUAGACUUGAAGUACUACUUCCUAAUUAUCCAAGUGCCUCUCCAGCAGAAAAAGAGUCAGAUUUUCAGGGUAGCAGAGAAGCAGAUUUGAAGAGGAAUUCAAGGCGUCUGAUGAUUGGAUCAACGGCUCCUACUUGCAGUUACAAUGAAUGUAGAGGGUGCAAAUACAAGUGCAGAGCAGAACAAGUCCCAGUGGAAGGAAAUGACCCAAUCAAUAGUCCAUACCACUACAAAUGUGUUUGUCAUAGGUAAACUACUAAUUAGCAACCCAGUUUUAUAUUUGUAAGUUGUUGAACUCAUCAGGUUGUUCAGUGGGAGUUGAGAGUUGUUAGUUUUUCCAAUUGAGAGCCAUGAAUUUUGAGUCUAUUUGAUUAUUAUAAUGUAAUUAUUUUUUUUCUCGAGAAAAAGAAAAUUCAUAUGUAUUAUGUACCUACUUCAUAUGUUGGUUGUAUAUUUAUGUCAGAAGAGUUAUAUAUCCUUGUUUUACCAA